AUGCUUAACACCUUGAACUCCGGAUCUGGAGGACCAGGGUUCAAUCCUUGCCUGUCAAAUUGAUUCCUUAGAUAUGGAACCUUACUCCACUUUGUCGCUCCUCACACAGGUGUAUAAAUCGAUACUGCCAACACACACUGCCAGGAGGUAACCACGUGAUGAACUAGCAUCCCAUUAAGGGGGGAGUAGCAUGCUUUAUGCUAAGGCAACUGGGAGAAAUUCCAGCCAUUUUGGGCCUUUGGCUUGUGUGUGCCUUAAAUCUUUUUUACCUUUUCCAGUCUGAGACUUUACUUUUGACACCAGCCUUUAAAUCAAAGCAAACAUCUUUCAGUUUUUGAGAAUAACCAGCUGGCGUCCGAAAAGAAAUACUCAGGCAGCCAUGGAAUUUAAGCAAAUCAGUCAGGGAUGGAGAAAUAUUUUAAAUGUACAUCCUGUAGCCAUAAUAUAUUGAACUACAUCAAAAGUUUCCGUCACAAAGUGUGUCUUUCUUCAAAAGGAAAGUAGAGCUGUAUAGUAUGGAGUGGCAAGACGCUGUGGAUCUAUCCUUGUUUAUUGUGAGUGCGGCACCUUUUGGUGGUCCAAUAGGUAAGUACAUCAGACUCCUUCUAAGUGUUUUUUAACCCACCAGGUGUACAGACAGGAUUUCAUCUACUUGCAUUUAUCUACGGGUAUUUGUAAAACAGUUGAUUGAAACAAAAUUCUGUGACUGUUUUAGUAUAAUGGACUCUUGCUGCUAUAAAUAUAAUUUAUAGCAGAAUUUUGUUUCAAUCAACCGUCUGUACAUGUCAAGGGAUUUGGCUGAAAAUAAUUUAAAGGAAGAAAACAACUCUGAAGAACAUCCUGCUUCUAAUUAUUUUAGAACAGCUAGUGCAUAAAACAUGCAAUUAAUACAAUACUAUAUUUUUCUACCCACAGUCCCAUGUUGCAUGUAGAUGUUCAACUGUCAGUAAUAGUUUAAAAAGAAAUAAAGAGCCACCUAGUAGAAAUGCUGAAUAAAGCCAUUAUUACAUACUACAUAUAUAUUACAUACAUGGGGGGUGAGGACGGUAGACCUGAAUAUUUACAUGUCCUGCUCCUACAGCCCCCCUCAUCUCCUUUUUGGAGGGAAGGUUUUUAUUUGUUUGUAUUAAAAAUUUUCAGCUAUUAAUAAACCCAUCAUUCACAUUUUUUCCUCUGCUGGAAGGGAACUUGCCACAGUUAAGGUAUGUGUUUUCCUUAUUGUUGUUUAACUUGUGAACACAAACAAAGAGAAGCAUUGAUCAGGCUGAGCAGGCCACUUGUAUGGGUGAAGCUUGGUUCCUCGAAAUUCGUGGGUCUCCAAAAAAAUUUGGCCCAAUCUCAAAAUCUUAGAAGCAGUUCGGAUAGGUCUCCAAAUCUCGUUUUCAGGAGAUUUUGCUUCUCAGAGUCUUGAACUUCACACAGGAAAAGAAAUAAUAUUAGAUGGGCCAGCUGCUGCAGAUGAAAUUCAAACCAAAAACAAGAAGUAUGAUACCCAGCGAAAACAUAUGUUUCUUUCACAAAGGAAAACAAAAUGGCCAUGGCUGGAGUAUGAUGAGGAAAAG